AUGCUCUCAAUUGUCAGCUUAACGAAGCUUCCCAGAUAUGUCUGGGGUAUCCGAAACGUUUCACGAGGCGCAUUGAAAAAGAGGACAUCGUCUUACAAAGUCCGCCAGCUGUCGUUUGCCAUAAGUAGGAAUACGCGGGUCUCUACUAGUUCAUGGCUCCAGGACACCGGACGUGACAGCGGAGCGCUCAGGCAAGUAAGGACGCCAUGCUUUUCGGAUACAAGAGAGAUUACAACACAAGCACAAGGCGAAUCGGUGCCGAGCGAAGGCACCACUAGCGACAAUCAAAAUGAAGAAGAUGUAAAAGGAUGCACGCCUAGCUCAGAACGCGACGGAACAGCACCACCCAGCGAUAGUCUUUCGCACCAAGUCAGGGAACUCAUGCGUCUUGUCGGCCAUCCAGUCACAGUGAUUACCGCCACAGAUACUUCCCUGAGCCCCAAAGGACAUCCAAAAUCCUGGAGAGGUGCUACGGUCUCGUCUUUCAAUACUGUGACCCUUGAGCCGGAACCAAUUGUCUCGUUCAACAUCAAAAAGAAUUCGUCAACUUUUCAAGCCAUCGAGCAUUCGGGCCAUUUCGCAGCUCACUUCAUGUCCGGUUUGCAACCACUAUCGGUGAAAAUGGCCACGAGAUUUUCACGUGGUAACCACACGUCGCCUUUCCACGAUGCUGACGGAAGGGUAGACGAACUCUUCAUUAAGCGCAAUGCCCGAACACUCACGGGCAGGCCUCCAGUCUUGCACCACGACUCCAACAUAGUACCGCUGCACUUGUCUUGCGAAUACAUGCCCUCGAAGCUGGUCCACAUUGCGGACCAUGUUGUUGUUUUCGGUCGGGUUACGUGGGUGUACCAUGCCACAGACGUAGCUGAGCUGGUCCGUUCAAAAGGUCGUACAUCGAUAUUGAGUUAUGCAAACGGCGGGUACAGCCAUAGCGGCCAGUACAAGAAGGUUCACAGGGUUCAGCUGGGGGGGGAUUCCAAAAAGUAA